AACGGAUAGGCGAACGCUCGCCAAUGUAAACAACGGAAUCUGGCCUCGCCGCCACUCCUGUUCAGAAAGAGUAUAGAUCAAGGAGAUAUAAACUAUAUAAGAGUCUAAAACCCUAUAAAAGAAAGAAGACACGCCUUCUAUUCAUCUGUCACAAUGACUGUGAAAUAUGGGUUAUGCAAAUGUUUUUUCACGAAGAAUUUUUUCAUUAGGAAGUAUGAGAUACAUGUAACUUUCCUUAAUAAGGCGCAAUUUCUCGAAGAUUUCUCGAAGAUCUUGAAGUCCAAGGGCUGCUCUGAUCCAGAAACACUCGUUCCUGAGUUGGAGAAAGAAGUGGAACGAAGGCGGCAUGCUCACGAGGAAAGAUGGAAACACCGCCUAUAUGUUGGGAAAGAAUACAAGUGUCUUCAUCCGGAGAUCUUCACUUUACAAUCUUCAUUCCUUGAUCCCAGAUUCUGUGAGCUGGUCAGCUUUGCCAGGAAACCAGAUUGUACAACUGAUAACCUAAAGGCAUACUUAAAAGGACUCCAGAUGCGGAUAUACUCUUUUCCUGUCUUUACUCCAUCCUUCUGCCAGAUGUUUGUAGAAGAACUAAAGCACUAUGAAAAUUCCUCCAUUCCAAAGUUUCAAGCUGCAUCCAUGAGUAAAUAUGCGAUUGAUCUGGGAGUGUUGGGAUUUGACCAGUUCCUCUCAGAUCUAAGGACAGAAUACCUGGCUCCUCUCACAAAGGUGCUCUAUCCUGAUUGGGGAGGAGAUCAGCUGGAUACCCACAAGGCCUUCAUUGCUCAGUAUCGGGAAGGAAGAAACUUAGAUACGUCUUAUCACUUUGACAAUUCAGAGGUUACCCUAAAUGUUUCCUUGAAUGAAACUUUUGAUGAUGGAGACCUUUAUUUUGGUGCAAUAAGAGGGGAAGAAUCAUCAUUUCACACUGGUUACUCGCACCAGCUUGGUCGUGGAAUUCUCCAUCGAGGGCAGCAAAUGCAUGGUGCUUUCCCUAUCAUGGAAGGAGAAAGAUACAACCUCAUAGUUUGGCUUCGAUCAUCAAGGAUAAGGAAUCUAUUGUGUCCAAUGUGCAACGAAAAGCCCAAAAUUAAGGCAGUUGAAAAUGGAUUUGGGGAUGGAUUCACACUUGAUGACAACACUGUAUAGCUAUUUACUCACAUAUUAUUAUUGUUAUAAAUAUUUAUGAAUAAUUUUGAUUCUUGAACUCAAGAGAUUUUGUAUGUAAUUGGAAGAUAUUAUAUAAUAUAUAUAUUUCAAUAGAAUAUAA